GCAGUCUGAUGCUCCACAGAGACACAUCGAGUCCAUCUGAGACACUGUGGACACGAUUUGACUGACACUGAGAGAUUGCAGGAACAAUGAUGCCCAGUACAGAGCAACACUGAUCUGGACCAGAGCCACGGCAGGGAUGAACUCGUCUGAUAAGUCCUCCUAUCAGGAGGGGGCGCUGCUGCAAAACUGCACCUGGGUUUAUACCUACUAUUACCAAAAUUACACCGGGCCUCAAACCGACCUGCCACAACAGACCAGCACGUCCAAACCAGCAGCAUGUGAGCAGGUCCACAUCGCAGUUGAGGUCUUUCUGACCCUGGGAAUCAUCUCAUUGCUGGAAAACAUCCUGGUGAUCACAGCUAUCGUUAAGAACAAGAACCUUCACUCGCCCAUGUACUUCUUCGUCUGCAGUCUGGCAGUAGCUGACAUGCUAGUGAGUGUGUCCAAUGCCUGGGAGACCAUCAUCAUUUACCUCCUUAACAACCGUCAGCUGGUGGUGGAGGACCACUUCAUCCGGCAGAUGGACAACGUGUUUGACUCCAUGAUCUGCAUCUCUGUUGUUGCAUCAAUGUGCAGCCUGCUGGCCAUCGCUGUAGACAGGUACGUCACUAUCUUCUAUGCACUGAGGUAUCACAACAUCAUGACGGUGAAAAGGGCUGGUUGCAUCAUCGGCGGAAUCUGGACCUUCUGCACGAGCUGCGGGAUUGUCUUCAUCAUCUACUCAGACACCACCCCUGUCAUCAUCUGCCUGGUCUCCAUGUUCUUUGCCAUGUUGCUGCUCAUGGCUUCGCUUUACAGCCACAUGUUCAUGUUGGCACGCUCACAUGUCAAGCGCAUUGCCGCCCUGCCUGGCUACAACUCCAUCCACCAGCGUACCAGCAUGAAGGGAGCGAUCACACUGACCAUCCUCUUGGGAAUCUUCAUUGUCUGCUGGGCUCCCUUCUUCCUCCACCUGAUCCUGAUGAUUUCCUGCCCGCGGAAUCUCUACUGCGUGUGCUUCAUGUCCCACUUUAACAUGUACCUCAUCCUCAUCAUGUGCAACUCCGUGAUUGAUCCACUGAUCUAUGCCUUUAGGAGUCAGGAAAUGAGGAAGACGUUUAAGGAGAUUAUCUGCUGCUACAGCCUGCGAAACAUCUGCCAAUAUCUGCACUCUGACGGGUAAGACCUUGAAAAGAUAGACAACGGAAAAGACUGAUUUUUGUGGAACUGGGCAGCAGCGAUGGUAACUGUGACACAUUUUCUGAACAUAGGGGUUCUUGCACAUUUCAUUGGUGGACAACUUGCUCUUUGCACUUUUCACACAGACCAGUGAAGUGUCAUUAAAUGUCUUUUGUUUUGGCAGAAGGUCAACCUACUCGUGUUUGUUCAAGUUUACAGAUGGUGUCCAGUUCAACAAAAGACUGAAUAUUUCUUCUUUGCUUCUUAGAGAAGUUGGGUCAAGCAUGGUGGACCAAAAUCCAGGCUGUGUCUUUACUUUAUAUGUGCAGGAAGCUGGUGGGCUUUGCUAUGGAUUGUCCCCUUACCAGGAUGUCUACAUUCUGCACAUAGUGGGAAGGUGUAAACAUCUAGAAGUGGACCUAGA